AUGAACUGCUUUGAUGCUUUCUUCGACUCAAUGAACGCGCCAAAGACUCCGAGGAAGCGCACCAUAUCCCAUGUGGAGAACUCGGUCGCGACUUUGGAUUCAACGGCUCACCACAAGCGAUCUCGAUCUGGUCCAUAUCAACCUCCGGCUUUACCAUACAUCUUUACCGAAAGAGAGAUGAACUUGAUGGACUCGCCGAAAGAGUUGGAUGACGACAGAGAGAGGGAAAGAGACCAGGAGCAUACCUCGCGAUUCGAUGAUGGAACAGCUCUGAAGAAGGCUUUGGACUUAUUAAUGUCCCCUCCUACUUCAACUCCCGCUGCACUGAGUGAUUGCAGAACCAGUCCGUCGUCCUUCUCAUCAUCGGCGACAUCAUCACCACUCAUAUCGCGGAGGGCGAUACGUCAUUACAGGAGGCCAGCGGGGCCCGUAACGGAUCCGACGAGAACAGUUCCCAUGUUGCAACUGAUUGAGCCAGAGGAGACCCCACAAUGGUUGCAACUGUCCAAGAUCUUUGAGGAAAACGAAUCAGCCAUGAUCAACUACGAUCUCCUGCUUGUACCUGGGACGCCAUUGCCGGAAGCUCAACCGGAAUUUGACAUUCAACCCUCACUCGUCGCUGCUCAUCCACCGGAGGAUGAGGACGCGAAAUAUCUUGCUGACUUAGAGGCUCUGAUUGAGGCUUAUUUUUGA